CAGCGGCGGAGGAUCCCGUCGGAGAGGGGCGGCGCUCGUGCUCCCAGCCUCCCAGGUUCAGCUAAUGGAUAUCACUGAGGUCCUGCUAGCUACGCAGUCCCAUGACGGUCAGAAACGGAACGUUGCAGAAGGGAAUAUCAAGCAGUUUGAAGAGCAGAGUUUUCCACAGUUUCUGCACGAACUAUCUGCUGAGCUAUCUGAUGAGAGCAAACCUCCUGUUUCUCGACGGCUUGCUGGUAUUCUCCUGAAGAAUUCUUUGGAUGCAAAUGAUUCAACGCGGAAAGAAAAAUGUGUGCAGCGGUGGAUAAGUGUGGACCCUGCAAUCAAGUCGCAUGUUAAAGGUUCCUUGCUGAUGACCCUUGGAUCACCAGUACCUGACGCUCAUCGGAGCUCUUCUCAAGUCAUUGCAAAGGUUGCUUCUAUUGAAAUCCCUCGUCAAGAAUGGCCAGAGCUCAUAGUCAGCUUGCUAGGUAACAUGACAAAGCCAGAUGCAACCCCUUCUCUGAAGCAGGCUACACUGGACGCCAUUGGAUAUGUCUGUGAGGAGAUAUCCCCCAAGGAUCUGGAGCAGGAUCAAGUGAAUGCUGUUCUUACUGCUGUGGUCCAGGGCAUGAAUCACGUGGAGAAUAGUUCAGAGGUACGGCUUGCUGCUGUGAAAGCAUUGUACAAUGCUCUCGAUUUUGCUGAGACAAAUUUUGAGAAUGAGUCAGAGAGGAACUACAUAAUGAAGGUCAUUUGUGAGACUGCCAUUUGUAAAGAGGCUCAUGUUAGAAAGGCUGCAUUUGAGUGCUUUGUCUCCAUAGCAUCAACAUAUUAUGAUCUUCUAGAGCCCUACAUGCAGACUUUAUUUGAAUUGACAGCAAAUGCUGCCAGGACAGAUGAAGAACCUGUUGCACUUCAAGCUAUUGAGUUCUGGAGCACCAUCUGUGAUGAAGAAGUUGCUCUUCAGGAAGACGCUGAAGAAUCUGGUGAUGUCAGUUCUACAUGUCAUUUCCAUUUUAUUGAGAAGGCCAUUCCUUUGCUUGUUCCUAUGCUUCUGGAAACACUUCUGAAGCAAGAGGAGGAUCAAGAUGAAGAUGAUGAAAUUUGGAAUUUAUCGAUGGCUGGGGGCACAUGCCUUGGACUUGUUGCAACGGCUGUGAAGGAUGCCAUUGUUCCUCUUGUAAUGCCAUUUAUAGAGGCCAAUAUAACAAAGCCUGACUGGCGCAGCAGGGAGGCUGCUACAUUUGCAUUUGGUUCCAUUCUUGAAGGCCCUUCAGUCGUAAAUCUUGCACCACUGGUUCAUAAUGGCUUUGAUUUCUUGCUGAAUGCAACCAAUGAUCAAAAUAACCAUGUCAGGGAGACUACUGCAUGGGCACUUUCGAGGACAUUUGAGUUUCUACAUUCACCAGACAAAUGUGUUUCUGUAGUAACAGAUGCAAACCUUCCCCGUGUUGUGGAAAUUCUGCUAGCAAGUAUCAAGGACUCUCCUAAUGUUGCUGAGAAGGUCUGUGGAGCCCUAUUUUUUCUUGCCCAGGGCUACAACAAUGCAGGGUCUAUGUCAUCAGUGCUAUCUCCGUAUUUUGGUCAAUUAGUAUCGGCUCUCCUUGCCACUGCUGAUCGUUCUGAUUCCAACAACUCCAGGCUUUGUGCAUCUGCGUAUGAAACACUGAAUGAGAUUGUGAGAUGCAGCAGUAUUGCAGAAACUCUGAACAUGAUUGUGCUGCUAUUGCAAGAGAUCUUGAAGAGAUUAAAUCAGACCUUUGAGUUUCAGAUCACAUCCUCUGAAGACAAGGAAAAGCAAAGUGACCUUCAAGCCUUGCUUUGUGGUGUUGUUCAAGUAAUCCUUCAGAAGUUCAACAACUGUGAUGAUAAAUCUGUAAUCGUUCAGUUUGCUGACCAAAUAAUGGUGUUAUUUCUCCGAGUUUUCUCAUGCGAUAGUUCUAAUGUGCAUGAAGAAGCAAUGCUUGCUAUUGGUGCUCUUGCCUAUGCUACUGGUACAGACUUUCUGAAAUACAUGCCAGAGUUUCACAAGUACCUGGAAAUGGGCUUACAAAAUUUCGGUGCUUAUCAAGUUUGUAGUGUUUCUGUGGGCGUGGUUGUUGAUAUCUGCCGUGCACUGGAUGACAAGGUACUCCCUUACUGUGAUGGUAUCAUGGGUGCCCUUCUCAAGGACCUUUCAAGCCCAGAGCUUCACCGUUCUGUCAAACCGCCAAUUUUUUCAUGCAUAGGAGAUAUUGCUCUUACGAUUGGUGAACAUUUUGAGAAAUAUGUUCCGUACACUAUGCCUAUGUUGCAAGGAGCUGCAGAGCUCUGUUCUCGCAUGGACCGUCAGGAUGAUGACAGUUCAGAGUAUCAAAAUGAACUGAGGCAAAGCAUUUUCGAGGCCUAUUCAGGUAUACUUCAGGGAGUCAAAAUUUCAAAAUCAGAGCUAAUGGUGCCUUAUGGUGCCAGUAUUUUCCAUUUUGCUGAAUUGGUCUUACGAGAUAAAUCAUCAAGGGAUGAGGAUUUGACCAAAGCUGGAGUUGCCCUGAUCGGGGACCUCAUCGAUGCGCUAGGACCUUCUGUUAAGCUGAUGCUCCAAUAUUCCGACUUCCACUCUGAGCUCCUGGGCUGGUGUUCCCAGUCUGAUGACAAGCAGCUCAGGGAGACUGCAUCCUGGGUCCAAGGUGUGAUCUCCCGCGUGAUGGCAUCAUGAUGGAAAGCUGCUCCAGUUAAGCCGAUGGUCCUCUCUCUGGUCAUCUGUCCCAUUUCAGCAACCGUUGAUGGUUCCGGGAGCAACUAUUUUUGUCCUGCCAAAUGCAUUGUUUGCAGAAGUGCGCCACAUGAAUAUAUGUCCUGUUGUGUUGCAGAAUGAAACAAGGUUACAUAAGAUCAUAUGUAGUUGUCAAGUCCGUAUAGUGGCAGAGGUUUGCCAUUUCUUGGAAGUGAGUCGAGUCUGUGGGUUCCUGUUGCAUUUUAUUCAGUUGUCCAUGUGAGUCGACUGUGUAUUACUAUGGAGCAAUGUUUUUCUUGUUAGCAGCACUGCUUGCUUUUAUACGAUAGUAACAUCAGUAAAGUUAUU